AUGACCGGCUUCCUACCGGUGAGAGACCUGGUGAAUUUUGUUCUACUUCUGCAGGCACAAUACCAGGGACUCUUCCGAAUGGUUGUUGUCUUGGGGAUCGGUGGAACAUUCCAAAUUGGCUUUCAAAUUUCUACAAUCACCUACAUGAGUCAGCAUGUUAAGGCUUUCAUUAAUGAAACUUGGCUGGAGCGACAUGGAUACCCUAUGCAUCAGGAGAACCUCUUGUUUCUGUGGUCUCUCAUUGUGUCCAUCCUUGGUAUAGGAGGUCUCUUGGGUGCUUCAGGAAGUAGAUACCUGACUGUCAAGUAUGGCAAAAAAAAAUGUCUCCUGUGCAACAAUCUGUUAAUGAUAGCUGCAGCUUCUAUCAUGGGCUGCAGCAAAACGGCCCAGUCCUUCGAGAUGAUUCUCAUUGGGCGCUUCCUAUGUGGUGUAAGCGUAGGCUUUUCUACUCCUCUGCAUCAUCAGUAUGUUGGGGAAAUUUCCCCUAGGAAGCUACGUGGAUUUGCAAACUCUACUGCCUCUUUCUUUUGGUCACUGGGAAAAGCCGUAGGGCAAAUUGCAGGACAAAGGGAGCUGCUGGGCAGCCAGUCCUGGUGGCCCAUGCUGAUGGCCUCCUGUGGAAUUCCUGCACUGGUCCAGCUGCUCACUCUGCCCUUCUUCCCCGAGUCCCCGCCAUAUCUCCUCAUGCAUAAAGGAGACCAGGAAGGAUGCAAGAAAGCCAUAAGGCAGCUUUGGGGUGAAGGCCAUCACCAAGCAGAGAUUGAUGACAUCAUGAAAGAGAAGGCAACAAUGAAAAACAUCAAGAUCUUGAGUGUCCUGGAGCUAAUGAAAGAUCCAGCUACCCGCUGGCAGCUGUACAUGAUAAUUAUUCUGACCGCCUCAAUUCAGCUAUGUGGCAUCAAUGCAAUUUAUUUUUAUACUUUUGAAGUCCUCCAGGCAGCUGGCUUUGAUGAAAGAAUGGUCUACUAUAUGACCCUGUCUCUUGGACUUGCAGAACUCUUAGCCACUGUAGUCUGUAGCUCCAUCAUUGAGCGACUGGGCAGGAAAACGCUCCUAAGAGGAGGCUACUGCAUCAUGGGUUCACUGCUAGCUGCUAUCACAGUGACCCUCUCCCUACAGGAUUGGUAUUUCUGGAUGCCGUACUGCAGCCUGUGUCUGAUUAUCUUAUUUGUAGUUGUCUUUGGACUUGGGCCAGGUGGUGCCACAGUUUCCACGAGGGCUGAAAUUUUCAAGCUGUCGUGCAGACCACCCGCCUUUGUGAUCAGUUCAGUUUUCAACUGGCUGGGCAUCUUUGUGAUCGGAACAAGCUUCCCGUUCAUCGUGGAAGGACUCAAGCACUUCUGUUUCCUCAUCUUUAUAGGGGUACUUUUCACUUCAGCAACGGUUAUCCACCUGUUCCUUCCAGAAACAAAAGGGAAGUCAAUUGUGGAAAUAACAGAAGAGUUUGAUAAGCUAAACUUCAAAAAGAAGCACGUUCCAGCAACUCCAAAGCAUGUCAUGGAGGAUGGCUACACCUUCUGCACCAGGCUGUGACUGGCUGAUAGAGAGGUGGCAAGCAUUCUUAAAAGGAAGAAGGAAAAGAUAUUUGUUGUUUUCUGGCUAGCAAGUUGGUCAAAUGGACCAUCAGCUUUCAUUAUCCAUCACCUACAAGGUUUUUUUGUUGCCAAAACAGCAUGGUUCUCAAGCACUCCACUCUGGGCAGCUUAGAAAAGGGAUGAUGCCUGAUAUUAGCGGAAUAGACUUGUCUGACUCAUGCACAUCUUGGCUCAACUAGCUGAUGUGUAAAUCUCUUCUAUAAUAGAGCAAUUCAUACACACUGAAACUACAUGUAGAAUUUCUAAACACUCUGCUGACCGCAGAGAAAAGGACGACUUACGAUCCCUUCUCUCUGUGAUUCAUGAGUUUGUAUUUACAACUCUGAAAUAGCAAUAGUAAAGUUCUUGGCUUGCUACCUCUGGCUAGAUUUCAAUUCAUGACAGAUUAAGGAAAAAGAAAUAACAGAAUAGGAGAGAAAUUCUUUGUUUCUUUAGACUGAACAUCUUUCCAGAUUCCUGUACUC